AUGGAGCGGCUGACGUUGCCUCCCGGCGGCGCGGCGGCAGUGGACGACUACCUGGAGUACCGGAGAAUUGUGGGUGAGGAUGAUGGAGGGAAACUUUUUACUCCUGAAGAAUAUGAAGAAUACAAAAGAAAAGUUUUACCUAUGCGCUUACAGAACAGAUUGUUUGUGAGCUGGCGAUCACCAACUGGAAUAGAUUGUAAACUCGUGGGCCCAGAGACACUGUGCUUUUGUACACACAGGUAUAAACAACAUAAAACUGACUUUGAAGCAGUCCCACCGCAGCGCCCCAUUAGCCUGCCGUGCCGAGUGAGGGGCUGCCCGUGCGGGGCUUACAGUUACGUCCCGCUCAACGGUGCGCAGCCCGUGCGCUGCAGGUGCAAGCACUUUGCGGAUCAGCACAGCGCCGCGCCUGGCUUUGCGUGCAACGCCUGUUCCAAGUGUUCAGGAUUCCAUAGUUGCUUCACUUGUGCUUGUGGUCAGCCUGCAUAUACCCACGACACAGUAGUGGAAACUAAGGAAGAAAGACUGGCUCAAGGAAAACCAGUGGGACGAGAUGUUCCUUAUGCAGCAAUGGGAGGAUUAACUGGCUUCAGCUCCCUGGCAGAAGGCUACAUGCGGUUAGAUGACAGUGGGAUUGGCGCACCUUCAGCUGAAUUUUUAGACUCUCCGGGUACGGCCAUGGACCACCCAUUUCUAAAAGCACUUCAAGCAUCAUCUAGUUCUUCUCCAGAAACACGAACAGAUGUAGGUACAAGUAGUCAAGUUUCUUCUUUGAGGAGACCUGAGGAGGACGAUAUGGCUUUCUUUGAAAGACGGUACCAGGAAAGGAUAAAAAUGGAAAAGGCUGCUAAGCAUAAAGGAAAAGCACCGUUGCCAUCAAACACAAAACCUUCAUGAAGACUAUUGGGGAAACAAAAACCAUCAUCCAAAUAUAUCUUUUUUGUGUUUAUUUAAAUAUA